GCUGGAAUGAGAGGGUCAUGUCUGAAAAUCAGAAAGCCUCCAGAGAGAUGACACUGGUAUAGAGUCACCAUCACACCCACCCACCCACAUCAGCAGCACCCAACCCAUCCUCAGUGCUGAAUGUUGCUGAGCAGAUCCACAGUGUGACUGUGCUGGGUGUGUGUGUGUGUGUGCUGGGUGUGUGUGUGUCUGUGUGUGAUCAGCUUGUUCAUUGUCUGCCUAGUCCACACACACACAUACACACACUCACCGGUGUCUCUCCUCCCUUGGGCUGCAGCAGGAGGGGCACUGGCUGCUGGGAGAAGCCUGCGAUCCUCAGGAUGGAUGGAGAGCAGUGACAGCUCGGGUCACCGCCUGCGAUCUGUCACAACACGUCGGAGAUCUAGGAGACCACAAGCAGCAUGUUGUCGCUGUCAUCCUCCCCUUCCAGCGGCGUCAGGUAGUUCCUCCAGAUACUUCGCGUGAGCUGAUGUUCACCCCAGUUACCUUUUCUGUGAAAUAUAAAACAAUGAAGGUGCGGAUUUGCUCUGGGGCAUCCUUUACUGCUUCUUUUGGGUAAAUGAGGAGUAGUCAUGUUAUUAUGCUGACAUCCAAGCAUGAAUUUGGUAGACCUGUGGCUAACACGCUCUCUCUCCAUGUGUCUGCUCCUACAAAGCUUUGUUCUGAUGAUACUGUGUUUUCAUUCUGCCAGUAUGUGUCCCAAAGGCUGCCUUUGCUCUCUUCACGGAGGCUUAAAUGUCAGCUGUAGUAAUGCCAAUCUCAAGGAAAUACCUAGAGACAUUCCCCCUGAAACUGUUUUACUCUAUCUAGACUCCAAUCAGAUAACCUCGAUUCCUAAUGAGAUUUUCAAAGAUCUCCAUCAGCUGAAAGUUCUCAACCUAUCCAAAAACGCUAUUGAAUUUAUAGAUGAACACUCUUUUAAAGGAGUUGCAGAGACCUUGCAGACACUGGACUUGUCAGAUAACCAGAUUGUAAGUGUUCAUAAAAAUGCUUUUAAUAACUUGAAGGCCAGGGCCCGGAUUGCCAACAACCCUUGGCAUUGUGACUGUACUCUACAGCAAGUUCUUCGGAGCAUGGCAUCUAACCAUGAGACUGCCAGCAAUGUCAUCUGCAAAACAGCUGUACUGGACGAACAUGCAGGAAGGGCAUUUCUGACUAAUGCUAAUGAUGCCGACCUUUGUAAUCUUCCCAAACGGACAACAGACUAUGCCAUGUUGGUCACUAUGUUUGGCUGGUUCACCAUGGUGAUUUCCUAUGUGGUAUACUAUGUACGGCAAAACCAGGAGGAUGCAAGAAGACAUCUAGAAUACUUGAAGUCCCUGCCGAGCAGGCAAAAAAAACCUGAUGAAGCUGAUGACAUUAGCACUGUGGUAUAGUACUGAAGGCAGGCUUAGGCAAAUUAUUAUUCUGCCAGAGAUUUACAGAAAGACUUUGAAUCACAUUUUGGUAAUAGAACGUCACUCAUUAGAACAAACUAGGUUUAGUUCUAAUGUUUGUUGUAAACCUUUUUGCCUUUUUAAACAAUUUACAGUAGCUAAAUUUUUCUGCCACUGUUGAGCAAACAAUACAAGAUAACCUUCGUUUGAAUGAUACAUGGUUGUCUCUAUGAUGGUAUUCCAAUCAACAUAACUAGUAUGUACUCAUUACUUAGAAUGCAUUUCACUAUUUAAUAACAAAAUAUUUAUUUUUUUAAUUUCAAAGAAAAUAAAAGCUUAACUUUGAACUGUGCAACACAUAGUAAUCUUAAUCUAUUGUUCUUUAGAACACAAUGAAUGACUGGGUUAACUUAGUUAUUUUUAUAGGUUAGUAACCAUUAUGCAAAAUUGGUAUUGGUACCAUGGGCUGGAGCAAUGUAGACAGAAAUAAAUAAAAAAUACAAUGUUUUAUGAUAAGA